AUGACCCAUGUGGAAGAUGCCCAGGCAGAGAAGCAUCCUCCUAAAAAUCGAGCACUACAGGUGUGCAUUGUAGGCAAGUCUACAUGUCUGAAGGCUUGCUGGGGAAAAGGAGCAGGUGGUCAUUCAUCCAGAUAAAUGAAUAACAACCUUUACACAUCAGAAUGCACUGGCCUGCCUGCAAUUUAAGGAGGAGAUGGCGUUGCUGCCCUUUUGAGUGUUGCCACGUUCUGGGAGUUGUGACUGUGCCAACUGGCACACCAGACACACAUGUUCACACUGGAAAUGAAACACACACAGAGAGAGAUUCACUGGGCUUUGUGCUUUUGGCUGCGUGCGAGGGGGUGAGGGCAGCAGCAGCAAAGGAGCAAAGCUAUCAUCAGGACAGAAUUUUGCUUGGCAACUUAAUGAGCCGCUGGUUAGAUUAAGCAUGCCAUUUGGUACAUGCAAAAGCUGCACUUAGUGUCGGGGGGGGGAUUAAAAAGGUUAAAAUGAGAAAUUACCCCUUUUCAAAGGUUACAGGGAAGGAGCUGAUAUUUUUCAGACUGCUUUCCACAAUAGGGGGUGUUGAUCCUCUAUACAGGCUGCAGCAGCAAACAGUUCUGUGAACAAUGUUCUGUUAGACCAGCUUGAUGAUUUUUAAUCUCUCCUUCCAAGUUGAUUAAUCUAAAAUGGGUUCAUUUAAAACAGGGCAGUUUGUGCAGGUGUCAAAGACUUCAAGGAGCACACAUAGCUAUUUUUGAAUUUUGCCACAAGGUACACUUUUCUCUUUGAGAGAAAAGGGAAGAAUGGGGGAAAGAAAUAUUUGCUGUCAGAGACAGGGGGAAUGGAGAGAAGAGAAUUAUAGGAAUUAGACUAAGAAAAAUAUUCUGAAUUCUCCUUGAGUGCUUUUUUUUAUUCUUCUGUUUCGCUCCAUAUCUUAAGAAGAUCUAAAGCAUUGGGAAGAUUAUUAUUUUAUACACAAAAAUAUUUUUGAACAGCACUUUGACUACAAACUGAUUUCUCUGCAGAGGACAAAAUGCUACAAUUUAGUGAGCGUUUUCCUCUCUGCAGAGACUUCAAAGAGGCUCCCUAAAGGCAAUGAUGAACUGACUAUCAGUUAAAAGGAACCUCUUCGAAGGCACGCUUCCUGAACCAAUCAGGGGAAAGCAGAUCUUCCGAGGAGGUUGCUCUAACUGACGACCAGUUGAUUGGCAGUUACAGCGACCGCCUUUGAACUUUGACAGUUGUCGGUCACAGGUGCUAAUCAUUAUGGCAUCAAGUACCAUUCCCCACCCCUGCUGUUCUGUGUAACCCAUGCCGUUGCUAGUGAGGAGAGGGGAGAAUGGUGCUGCGUGAGUCCCCAAUUUAUUUAUCUUUUUAAUUAAUUUAGAAAACUUGCUGACAGCCCAGUCAACAAAUUCCUCUGGGUAGUACAAACUGGGUAGAGUUCAAAUAAUAUAUAGUUUAAAUAUUAAAGCUUUAGUUAAAACAUUUUAAACAACCCUGUUACGCUGGCACAAGCAGCAUAACAACAUUUAAAACCCAGCAGAAAUCAUCUGCUUCAAGGGCAAAAGAUGGUGUUAAGAAACUGGGAGACAAAAAAGCCAUUCACCUUGCACCAAAAGGAUCUUAAUGUAGGUGUCGGGUGAUCAACAUUGGGGAGAGCAUUCCAUAACCAGGGCACCACCACCAAAAAGACCCUCUCAUAAUUAACAUAUUCCUCACUUGUUUAGGUGGGUGAACGUGGAGGCAAACCUUUGAUGAUGAACUCAAGGUCUGGGCAGUACACCCAAUACACCCAUUUGUGUUCUAAAAUCAUCCACAUUGCUGUCAGUGUGUUCUAGCAGUGAUAAAAUAUUGUUCAAUUUGUUAUACCAUCUACCAUGGGAAAGUUGGGGUCUUCAGAAAGAUUAUUUUUCUCUCCCAUGUCAGAACAUUGGUACGACAGGCACACUUUCUGACACAAACCUGUUGAUCUUCCAGUGUCCUCAAGAGAUGUCAACAAUCUUUAACACAGAUCAGACACAGAAAGUAAUCAGAAAUGAAUGAAAGUGAUUUUGAUUUAUUAUGCCAUCCAUCUCAACCGGAAAAAUGUGAUGCAUAAAACAUCCUCAUACAAAGACCAGCAGGUCUGACAUGUAUAAUUUAUGACACAUGCCAGUCAUACACCAACUUGUUGAUAUUACUUAUUCAUGAAUACACAGAAAAGCUUGUCGCAGAGAAAUAUAACCAAAUGUCAGCCUAUUAUCCCACACACUAGUAUCUAUCAAAAGUGUUAAAGGUUACAAAACAACCCAUCAUUUUGCCUCUGUUAUCAUCCGGUGGCGGAACCUGUUGAAUAUAGCACUAUUGAUUAAAAUAUCCACUUUCUUCCCACUUAUGUCAUCUCUAAACAAUACUUACAGUAAAAUAUCUAGAAAUAUUGGACAACAGUCAACCACAGCUAUGGACUUUUCACAGCUAUGGACUUUUGGCUCCCAUUGAUUUCAGUGAGGAAACUUGUGCAUAAUCUCUCCAUCUUAAAUGUGAUUAUGUUUGGUUUGAACCAAACACUAAAUUGGUCCUUGAUAAAUGGAUUCAAGCCAUGAUGGUGUAGGAAGGAGUCACAGCUUAGUGGUGGUGAACCGGCAUAAAAAGUGUUAUCUUUAAAGCUCUGUACCUGAGCACCCUGCCAGACUUCCCCAACCUGACACACUCCAGAUGUUUUGGACUACAGUCUCCAUCAGCCUCAGCCAGCAGGGCCAAUAGUUGGGGGUGAUGGGAGUUGUAGUCCAAUGAUGUCUGGAAGGCACCAAGUCAAGGAAGUAUGAUAGAGGCAAAAUGAGGCAUGUUAAGAUCCAUGAAUCGCAGUGGGAGAGUUAAUGCAGAUGGUUAAAUGUCUUCCAUUGAAAUCCAAGGGGCUUAAGUCAAAUGCUUUAGAUUGUCUGGAUCUACUGCACAGCUGUGAAUGCAAUGAUACAUAUAUUAUAAAUAUGUACUAUAUAUUUUGAGUGUGCCUGGUAGCAUAUCAUGGGGUUGUUGUUGUGUAAUGUGUGAAAUGGCCUUUAGGUAUCAAGCACUGUUGGGGGUAGACAGAAGACUGCUUCUAACUACUAGGGGGAUAAUUAUGCACCAUUGUAAUGAUUUGUUCUACUAGCAUCAAUCCUAUACAUCUCUAUGCAGAAAUAAGUCCCAGUGUAUUCCAUGCAAUUUACUGCCAAGCAGGCAUAGGGCAGAAAUUUGAUUCCGAUCACAUUUAAAGGUGAACUGACCUAGUUUGCACUUUCCUAAACAAAACACAGCCACCCUUUGAAAUGUGAAGUUAUCCGAAUUUUGCAAUUCAGUUCUCUAGCCAGGAUAAAGUGUGCAAAAAGUGUGCAUAUUAAUACAAACAACAUACAACGUUGUAUUCUAUUAGGGGGAAAUGUGUGUGUUAGGUGAAAUUGCGUACAAAUAGGAGAAAAUGCACUAAAACGCUGACAAAUAUUCGUAAGUACUUUAUUUAAAUCAACAAAAUGGCAAAUCAGCAUGGGAAUUGAGCUUCAGGCUAGAAAAGUAAGAAAAGGAGAGAACCAGAACUUGACAGGCUCACCCAGCCCCACUCCCGAGUUAGUGCAUAAAAAGUAGAGACAUCACCUUGCCAACAAAGGUCUGUAUAGUAAAAGCUAUGGUUUUCCCAGUAGUGAUGUAUGGAAGUGAAAGCUGGAUCAUAAAGAAGGCUGAUCGCUGAAGAAUUGAUGCUUUUGAAUUGUGGCGCUGGAGGAGACUCUUGAGAGUCCCAUGGACUGCAAGAAGAUCAAACAUAUCCAUUCUUAAGGAGAUCAGCCCUGAGUGCUCACUGGAAGGACCGAUCGUGAAGCUGAGGCUCCAGUACUUUGGCCACCUCAUGAGAAGAGAAGACUCCCUGGAAAAGACCCUGAUGUUGGGAAAGAUGGAGGGCACAAGGAGAAGGGGACAACAGAGGAUGUGUGCUGGUCCAGGGGGGAGGUUACCGUGGGGCGAGGUCCAGGACCUGAGUUGAGGGUCGCCAGACAGUCCUCCUCGGGCAAAGCAGGGUCCACAGCGAGAAGCUGGGCAAGGACAGGAACUCUGGGGGAACAGGACUGGAUGCUGGCCGAAACAGCUCAUCAACGACGUUGCUCCCGCCACCUGGGACCGGGCUGACUGGCCUUUAUCUUCUCUGAGGCCAGGGGCAGUCCCGGCCCCCAGGAGACCCGCCUCUCCUGGCCUUAAGGCGAGCAUUCCUCCUGGGAGAAACCAGUUCCCUUCGCCUCUCUGCCCUGAGCCUCUGCAGUUCAGGAGAGGCUGAAGGGUUACUGGACCCACGGGGAGACUCACCUGUAGGCACUGAGUCCUCAACCACCUCCGGAGCCAGAGUGGAUUCACCUGGUGCCUGCUCCUGAGGAUCCGGCACAGGUGCAGGCGCUUCAGAAUCAAGGCCCUGCCCCAGUUCAGCCGGCCCUGGAGGCAGGGACUCCUGUGCAGGCUGGGAUUCCUCCGGUUCAGCCUCUGAAUCGGAUUCCCAGGCCAUCACAGGAUGAGAUGGUUGGACAGUGUUCUCAAAGCUACCAGCAUGAGUUUGACCAAAUUGUGGGAGGCAGUGGAAGACAGGAGUGCCUGGCGUGCUCUGGUCCAGGGGGUCACGAAGAGUCGGGCACGACUAAAUGACUAAACAACAACAAAGGAUUGCAGCCUAAGAUCAUGAGCAGUAUGUAGUGGUUGGGGACAUCCAAACUUAUUUGCUAUAACAUGUUGGUUUGUGGAGACGAACAAGUCCCCUCCCCCUUAAAAAAAAAUCAAUCCUGGCAGCAGCCGCAACAUGAGGGAUAUUUUAAAGGUCAAAGACUCUUGGUUUCCUAGCUAUUUUAAGCAGCCCAGUUGGACAUGUUCGCAGAGUUAUUCUAUGCAUUAUUCAGAGCAGCAGGGAAAUGGCUCCACACCUUUUUCUGAUUUGGAAACGAUGAUUCUUCCUGGCAUUUUUGGCUGUGCAGUUGCAUAUUCCAGCUGUAGCAAGACACCCCACCUUUCUUGCCUGUCUCUUCUGUCUCUUCAGUGAGGAUGAAAGUGGGUCUUGUGGUUCUGUUGUUGAGGACACCCAUCUGCAGUCGGGUACAAAGUGUACUAUAAAGCUAGCUAAUGGCCCAUUAUGUAAGAGGAGAAAGCUGGUGUCCUUGUACUUUUCAAGCAUCUCCAUUGAGCCUAAGCAAUGGAUGCCUUCUUUAUUUAUUUCAUUUCAACGCCACCCUUCCAGGGUCCCCAUUGUUCUGGGAAGCAUUCAAGAACAGAACAAUGGUAAGUGUAGGUAAAUGUGAUCCUUGGUUUGAAUGGAUAAGCCAAACAGAACAAACUCUAAUGUGAAAUGAUUUGGACUCGUUCAGAGAAGGAGAUGGCUGGCAUGCAUUCAUCUAUAUUUUCCUUCUGAAAAAAAUGUAUUGUGGCCAGUUAUGCUUAUUGACAGUGUUUGAAAAUGUGCCAUGCAAUCUUAUAUAUGUAUACUCACAAGUAAGGACUGUUGACUUCAGUGACACUUCGUCCUAAUUAAGCAUUGAUAGGCUAUAAUCCAAAGCACACAUUCUCUGUAUGUUCUGAGUGAACAUACUGUUUAUUGCAGAUAUUAAUAUUGCACAGCAUGACGCAAUUGGAUGCCUCAAAGCUGGCUCCUUUUGGAAUAAAAAUUGUCCAGACCCAUAAUUAUUAUGAUUCAAAGCUUUGCUAACCAGAACUUCUUCAAAAUAGGUACUAAAACAUUAACCAUACACCCAGAAAGUUGAAUAAAGCAAAUGCAUAUUCAAACAUAGGUUCUUCUUCUUAAAUAUAUAACAUAAUAACAAUCAGAGCAAAAAUCAAAGCUCUAUCUCUCCCAUAAUUUACAUCCAGCCUAAGGCUAUGCAGCUCUUGGAGAGGCUUCAUUAUCACAUCCUUCUCUCACUGUACCUGAGAACAAAAGACAAUGCAACCCUUUCACAAUGGAGAUUUGCAACUGAAUGCCUUAAUCAGGUGAUCUAAGGUUAAACACUAAUGUGUAAGAUAGCAGAGAACAUCAACAGUUAAUUGUCAGCAUCCUUUUAUAAACUCAUAAACUUAUCAAGAGCUUCAGUGUGCUUCAAUAGAUCUUUCCCAAUGUUAAACCCCAUACAUGCCUUUUUCAUUUCAGUGUGCAAUUAAACAAUUAUACUUAACACUGUUAUGAGUUGUGGGCAGGGGGUAGGCUCUAUGCUAAGAUCCCUUGAAUUCCUGAAUCCAGCAAGUGUUAAAAUUUAAGCAAGGAUUCAAAAUCAUCUGGUGGCUAACACCCCAGAGGACAGGAUCACACUUCAAAACGACCUUGACAGAUUAGAGAACUGGGCCAAAACAAACAAGAUGAAUUUUAACAGGGAGAAAUGUAAAGUAUUGCACUUGGGCAAAAAAAAUGAGAGGCACAAAUACAAGAUGGGGGACACCUGGCUUGAGAGCGGUACAUGUGAAAAGGAUCUAGGAGUCUUGGUUGACCACAAACUUGACAUGAGCCAACAGUGUGACGCGGCAGCUAAAAAAGCCAAUGCAAUUCUGGGCUGCAUCAAUAGGAGUAUAGCAUCUAGAUCAAGGGAAGUAAUAGUGCCACUGUAUUCUGCUCUGGUCAGACCUCACCUGGAGUACUGUGUCCAGUUCUGGGCACCACAGUUCAAGAAGGACAUUGACAAACUGGAACGUGUCCAGAGGAGGGCAACCAAAAUGGUCAAAGGCCUGGAAACGAUGCCUUAUGAGGAACGGCUAAGAGAGCUGGGCAUGUUUAGCCUGGAGAAGAGGAGGUUAAGGGGUGAUAUGAUAGCCAUGUUCAAAUAUAUAAAAGGAUGUCACAUAGAGGAGGGAGAAAGGUUGUUUUCUGCUGCUCCAGAGAAGCGGACACGGAGCAAUGGAUCCAAACUACAAGAAAGAAGAUUCCACCUCAACAUUAGGAAGAACUUCCUGACAGUAAGAGCUGUUCGACAGUGGAAUUUGCUGCCAAGGAGUGUGGUGGAGUCUCCUUCUUUGGAGGUCUUUAAGCAGAGGCUUGACAACCAUAUGUCAGGAGUGCUCUGAUGGUGUUUCCUGCUUGGCAGGGGGUUGGACUCGAUGGCCCUUGUCGUCUCUUCCAACUCUAUGAUUCUAUGAUUCUAUGAUUCUAUGAUUCAUGGCAUAGCCAGGCCAACUUCCUGGUGAGGCCCAGAUACGUGUUGACUUGGUAACAAGGCAACAAUGGUUGUGGCUCUGUACCAAAUGUCUCUCUCAAUUUGCUGGUAGUUAGAAAGAGAAGGGCCAGAGUUGAGGUAGGAGCUAGAAGCUCGAAGGAGGUAGAAGCCAGAGAGAGAGAGAGAGAGAGAGAGAGAGAGAGAGAGAGAGAGAGAGAGAGAGACAUGCUUGAUUUCUGCUUGAAUACAAGACUUCAGGCAUGGGAUAAGGAAGACCUUCUUGGGGUGUUAAUGCUGUGACCCCUUCCAUCAUAGGCUCCGGUUGUAUAUAUGUGUAAAUGAACCAUAUAUCUUAAAUACACCACAGUUUUUGCCAUCCCUGAUUGCGAGGAAACCAAACCCUGAGUAAGUGCCUGGAACCCCUGGCGAUUGGCGAUUAGGGAGGUGUACAAUGAUACAUAGGAGUGUGGUGUAAUGCCCAUUGUAAUGGGAUAAAGCACAUCAUAAUGAUAUAUGAAUGCUGUAUAUUUCCAACCAUGUUUCAGUUCUCCUGUUUUUGCUUGUUACUCUUUUCCUUUCCAUAUAAUAUAGUGUGGGAACGCUUUCCUUUUCAAUGAAAACACUGGUUGCUUUUUUAAAAAACAAAACAAAGCAAAGCAAAAUAUUAAUAAAACCAUGAAAAAGCCAACAAUUAAAAUACAAUGAUUAAAACAUACCUACAGAACACCCAUAAAAGGGCAGCCUCACAUAUUUAAUUUUUGUUGUUACAAUAUUUUAAAAGGCUUUUUCAGGGCAACAAAAACUAGCAGAGGGAAAUCACUGUUGCUUGCUCUCGAAACAUCCUUCUUUACCUAAAUUACUAAUUACACACUCCACUGCCCACCUGUAAUUAUGAUAUGAGUAGAAAUUUCUACACCUCAGCAAUUUAGCUGGUUCUUCUUUCUAAAAACAGCCAAUUCAACUCUAAUGAAUCUCACCACAAAGCAGCACAAUCCUGUCGGAGUAGAGUGGCAAAACCUGAAAACGAGAGCUGCCAUCUGGUCAGUAUUUCUCCCCGUCCCCACCAUCCCAUUUUUAUGAGUUUUUAAUCCAAGGUAAUAUCAUAGAAAAGCUUAGCCGGAAAUUGUGCAAGGUCUCUUGCGCUUGCAUCUAUUUUAAAUCUUCUAUCCCUACGCUGAUAAAUGAAAAUGUACAAGCCAUGAAUUGAUGGGAGGAGAAAGAGGAGCCCAUGCUCACCAACUCUUUUUCCACCCCAAGAUGUGUUUACCAGCUCUUUUGCUCAGCCUCGCCUGUGGGUGGGCUUUGUUUCCAAAUUUCUCUCAUGUCUCUCUCUCACAGAUGAGAAAUCUGUGAUUAGCCUCUCCCACAUGUGGGAUGUGUAUAUAUAUAUAAAUAUUUGGAUUAUUAUCUAAUAUUCAAGAUCUGGAUGAAAUUGCACAUGGUGGGAGAUAAAUCUAAAAUUAGAUGGGGAAGAGAUUAAGAUAAAACUCUCAGCGAAAAGUUGAUCUUAUCAACACAAAAAAAUAAGAUACUAUUAGCGUAAGUAUGAAUGCUCUCAUUUAUGAAAUACAGCAUUAUGCAUUGUAAACUUAUUACAGGCUUUGCUGAAUUCAGAUGCAUGCCAUUUGAUGCUAAAAACCAGUAAUUCUGAACUUGUGUUAACAUCUAAUCAUCUUCUCUAAGCCACAAUCAGACGUCUGUAGAUAAGGAAUAUCAUCAUUCCCAUUUUCCUGCAAAUGAGUUGGACUGUAUCUUCUUUCAGUAUUACAUAAUCUCAUCUCUACAGAACAGAUAAUAAUUAUCUGCACUCAUUAAUUACGUGCUCGUAGACAUAGACUUUCCGCUGUUAACCUGGCCAUAUGGCCUUCAGGGACAUGCUCCUUACAUCAUGAUGGAUGGUCAAUUGUCAGUCUUCCAAGGGCAGGUGUUGAGCAACCUUCCCAACACACACACGCUCUGUGGCAAAACUAAUUGAUCAUAACACUAUAUAAUUAUAAGUUACCUUCCCAUUGGACACUAUUUCUCUUUCAGAGUUAAUAGCUAAUUAAGUACUUUGUAAGUUUUACAUAAAGUGGGGGGUAGUUACACAGACUGGGCAAUGAGUGGCAUAGCAAUUUGAAAGUAUUCAAAAGUAUAGUAACAAAUACGAAUUGGAGCUAGAAAUAUAUUCCAGAGUCCAGCCAAACUUAAACUCCAAUUAAUUCAACUGAAAGCUGUCUCUUUCUGUGAAAUCAGUGGGACCUCCAAAUGCUUAAUUUUGGGUCCUGCACCUAAUCUUUGGCGUCUUUCUUCAGCUGAAACUCACUUUUCAGAUAAUUUGCAAUUAUUAUCUUUAAAAUGGGCUGGUAUAAUGGGUUGGAUCUGGACUAAGUUUCUUGCCCUUAGUUCCCACUGAAAUCAGUCUAAAAAGUUAGUCAUAGCUGGGUUAAAUUCAUUUGAUUUCAAUGGGUAUUAAGUGCAAUGAAUGAAUCAAGCCCAAUGUGCUUAAUUUUCAGAGUUAUUUGACAGUGUUAUUUGGAGUUGCUACUGAAACAUGGUGGAAAUUUUCCCUAUUCCCCUCCUAACACCAUUAUGCUGCACAAUCGCCCAUCUCUACUCCACAUCACUGGCGGCGGCUGGGCAAACAAACAGUGUAAUCGCACCUGAGAAUGAUGGAAGAAGCUGUAUCACACAUUAUGGAGGGGGUGGCAGAUGCCAUUUAAAGCUUUGCUGUUUUUGUAAUAUUGAGUUCUGCCCCAAGCCACACAUUUGAUUGUUCUGGAUUGUACAACUCUUUCACUCAAGUCAAUGAGACCUCAGAAUAUUUAUACCAGGCAAUCAGCUCAUUUGGAGCUGAUUCCUAUGUGAAAUAUAUGUGUCAAUGGAAAACCUCAAUAAAUCUGGCAUGAAAGCUAUGUACAAGAGCAGCUAUGGAUAAGAAAUACUCUCUCCUAUUUAGAGACCUUUUUGUGAUGUUACCUGGACCCUGUAUCCCAAUGUAACUAUCAGUCUUUUGCUUAUUCUUCCACAAGUAGUUGAUGGACUUAAAUGCAUCUUUCUGCACAUUCAAAUUCCCUGGACGCAAUGUCCUCAUAUUAAUAAAUUUGAUUACUUGAGCAGCGUGAUACAUCUGUCUUUCAAGACAUGAUAUGAAAUGGCAACAUUCAGAGCAGCGGUGAAGCGUUAAGUAACUUCCCACCAAUAAAUAAUUUUAACAGUGUCAUAUCCUCUCAAGUCUUUUAGAAUUAACUUUGUUAAUUUUUGUUGUUUCUCUCUUUCUUAGAACAUGCAAAUUAAUGUGAUGAACCAGCAGAGAAGUGGACGCAGAUUUUCUGCUAAGACAAUCAACUUAAUGAACGGGUAAUUAGUGUUAAGAGUAUUAGUAGCAUUAAAGCUUAAUGAGUUGAUUCUUCACCAUGUCACAUCCCUCAUUCCACAGUUUACCAAACUAAAAGUUUAUUCCUCUUUUUGAAAUGAAGAAUGCUUUUAGAUAUGAGGUAGAAUAGAAUUAAGUGGGAGGGAAGGGUAUGAAUUAUCGGCGUAAUUAAAAUGAAACAACCGAGAAAGUAGUUCAUUUUAACUGGCCGUUUUAGUCGAGUUAAAUGAAGAACUUGCAGAAAUGCAAGGUGUAAUACAGUUUAUUAAGAUUUACAGAAAUGAGACAACGUAUUACUUUUCCAAAAGUUAACUGAAGGGAAAAUAUUGCAAUAUAGAGUGGGGCCAUUUUUUAUUUUUUAUUGUAGUUUUCAGGAACAUGUUUACAAGAUGGUGGAGACAGGGAUUUUAUAGAGGCCAUACAAAGAGCCAGGUGAAACAGACCCACCUCAAAUUUUUCUCCAACCAUAGUUUUACUGUGGGAUUUUUGUUCAAACAGGAAUGGCAAAAUUGGACUCGGGGGUCAGUUUUUGUCAAAUUUAUAUGAAGCAUAACUUUUUAGGAUUCAAGGGUCUAUUGGUCAAAUUAUGUCCUAGAUCACAUUUACGGCAGCUGCUUGCUAGCAGAGAUAACAAGAUUAUUAGGCUCGUGAGAAGCUUCAGACAGAGAGGGUCAUUUCCAGCGCUGCUCCGCUCACUGCUAGUAUGGGUUUAAUUUAGCACAGCAAAAUUGUCAUGAAAUGUAAACAGCCCAGACACAAAGCCUGCUAUAUUCGCCAACACUCUUGCCUUGACAGCAAGAAUGAAAUAAAUUAAUGAUGUUUUAUUCACCUGUCAAAAGGAAAUUGCUCAACCCAGCUGGGUGAGCAGGCAGAGGUUUGUUAAAACCAGAUUCACAGAUGAGCUGCAGCCCUCAAGAGCGCAUGACACUUAGCCCAAAUUCCAGUCAACAGAUCCACCAUAAUCAACAGCCCUCAAUGGUUAUUCUUGCUUUAUUACCUGGGAUAACAGGGUAGACUAGAAAUUCUAUGUGGUUUCAGAUGAAAAAGCCAAGCUAGAUCAAGCAAAAUUUUGAUUCAUCUGUCUGAAAAUUAGAUUAUACUUAUCAAUUUCUUUUUGAGUAACAGAAACCAAUAUAUAUAAUUAGGCAGGUAGGUGGAAAAGCAGUAAUUUUGUUUAAAUAAUCCUCUCACAUUUCUGAGUAACUUUAAGUUAGUUUUUAAAGAAUGCUCAGAGCUUGUCAUUAUGCAUGAUCUUUGCCCAGAAAAGUGGCAUAUAAAUAUUUAAAAAUCAAUUAAUCACCACUGCCCUUUAAAAACUUUGUUUACCUUUCCCAAUAAUAAAAAUAGGCCAGGAUCUGUGGAUUUUUGCAUUGUGGAAAGUGUUGUGGCACAAGAUUUUUGUUUCCCUGGCAAUGACCUCUGCUGUUGUUCUCCUAUCUUAAAUAUUCCCAAAUGACUGUUUUCAGAAUAUUCUUCCCUUUCCCUGUACUGCUGCUCCAGAUAUGUCACCAUUAUCAAUUAAGCAGUUUGUGACAUCCAAUCAUCUCUCCCCCAUUUCCAUUCCAUUUGCAUUCUGAAAGUCAAUUGGGCAGAAAGAUUAAUCGGAAUAUUUAUAUUAUGGUUAAACAAAUGCAGUACAGUGAUAAAUAUUCAGCACCUGUCAGAGUGGCCAUUCAUUAAAAUUAGGGGAGUAGAUGAGUAAGAAAUAAUCAAUGCUUGUUAAGGACAGCCACCAAGAAUGGGAAAAUAUUUGCUCAUUAUCUCCUAGUUUUAUCUGGCCCUUUGGCUCAUCAACAUUCAGCCACACUGCAGAGAGCAUGAAGGAGAAAAACUGCAAAAAGACAAGGACAGGAGAGAGGAAAGGAAAGUGAUGGCAUCUCAGUGUUGUUCUGAUCUUCAUAGAAGCAUUUCCCUUUGUACACCUUUCCCUUGGCACAUGCAGGCGGGCAUACAGGGGUUGAAAAUGGCACAGAGCAUGGACUAUGCAGAAUUAGAUAAAUUAACUGGAAGGGUUCGAAACCUGCGGGACCAGAGAUUCUUAGAAGACUGGAGUAAAUAUAUGAACUAUUUGAAAAGUACGUAAUUGUAAUGAACAGAUUAUGCUAGGAGGACUGCAAUAAGUUUUGUAAGGAGGACUAUUUGAAAUAUUGCAGGAAAGACUAUGGGAAGAGUUACUAGUUAAUGAUAAUUAAGGGUAAUAGAGAAAUUAAGAAAUGCAGAAUACGUAAUAGAGAAUGAAAAAUCAUCAGAGGAGUUGACGGGAGUCUAAAAUAUUGUAUAAGAUAAGAAGUUAUGUUAUAUGAUUGUUGAAAAUGAUAUGUUAAAAAAACCAAUAAACGUGUGUGUGUGUAAUGGCACGGUGCAAUCUGCCAAUAUGAACAUCACAGAGAAAUAUUGGGCACAUAGUGGGUUACAAUUAGAGCUGAAAGAGAGUGUCAGAGCCUCCCUUUGCCAGUGACUUAUUGGCACUCCUCCCAGAAAACAAUCACUUACUUGUUUUCCCCUUCCUUCCUUUCAAUCUCACUUGCCCUCACUUGCCUUAGCGUCAACCAGGGACUAAAUCUAUGAUGUACUGUGAGACAACUGUAAACUAUAAGUGGUGAAACUUAGUGCACAGGGUGCAAUGUGUAUUACUAGAUGUUCCUCAUGGUCCCUUCCAACUCUACGAUUCUGUGAUUCUAUCUCCACUCCCCAACUCCAAAGAUGAGGGAGAUCCCACCAUCUGGAGUAAAUUGAUUAAUUUUCCUGAUGAUUGCUAGAUGUUUGUAAUACUUGUUUGGGUUCUGCUGUCAGCUACAGAAAUCCUACGGCAAGAGAGGACUAUUGUGCUCAUGUCCUGUUAAGGGCUUCCCACAGGCAUCAGAGGACAGAAUGCUGGACUAGAAGGGCCUUUGGCCUGAUCCAGAAUCAUAGCUGUCAACUUUCCCCCCUUUUUAAGGGGAAAUCCUAUUCAGAAUAAGGGAAUUUCCCUUGAAAAAAGGGAAAUGUUGACCGCUAUGCUGGUAGCUUUGAGAACACUAUUCAGCCAUCUCGUCCUCUGUCGUCCCCUUCUUCUUGUGCCAACAUCAGGGUAUUUUCCAGGGAGUCUUCUCUUCUCAUGAGGUGGCCAAAGUAUUAGAGCCUCAUCUUCAGGAUCUGUCCUUCCAGUGAGCACUCAGGGCUGAUUUCCUUCAGAAUGGAUCGGUUUGAUCUUCUUGCAGUCCAUGGGACUCUCAAGAGUCUCCUCCAGCACCAUAAUUCAAAAGCAUCAAUUCUUCGGCGAUCAGCCUUCUUUAUGGUCCAGCUUUUCUCGAAGCUACCAGCAUGAGUUUGACCAAACUGCGGGAGGCAGGGGAAGACAGAAGUGCCUGGCGUGCUCUGGUCCAUGGGGUCACGAAGAGUCGGACACGACUAAACGACUAAACAAUAACAAAUGUCCAGAAUAGCUCUUCUUCUGCAUCUAGAAAUCUCUUUAAUCCUAUCCCACCACUCCUUUUGUAUUUUUAUUUUUUUUGACAGAGGUGGGGUGGAUAAGCUGGGAGCACUCCAUUAGUGGUGUAAAGGAUGCAAGUCCCUUUUUAGGUUCUGGAGUCUGAAGGAGCUGGGGAGAAGAGACUUUCCUUCUAUGCCGUCUUCAAGCCAAAUAACUUUCCAUGCAGGUUGGGUUGGGUUCUUGAAAGAAGGAAGAUUUUCAAAGUCGAAAUGAUUAGAUUUCAGCACCUCCGUUGUCCCUCGCAACAGCGAAAUUAAUCUAGGGAUGGAUAGAGCUGGAUGGCUGAGAGACAGUCAUCCAUUGAGCCAUCUGCCAUGCAGAUCUUUCCUCUCAUUAUCCCAGUAAGCCAGCAGGCGGUUGCAAAUUGAAACAUGUUUCAAUAAUGUUUACGAUGUCCUUGUGUGGCGCACUUACUGUAGACAUAACAGAGAGAAGUUAAUGGCGAAUUUAUUUUCAGUUCAUUUGAGUCGUGUAGGAACAGAGGAAGCUGCCUUGUAUCAGGUCAGACUGAUAGUCUUGGUGAACCAUUGCCCACUCACGAGGGCAUUGUAACUGUGACAUAGUGAAUUGAACAGAAUGAAGACAAGGUGGGGAGUACCAAAUUUUGGCCUUGCACAGGGCACCACUGGAAUCGGAAAGACCAAAGUCCGCCCCUGCCCAUCGUUAUUAUUUUUUCCUGUAACCUAAAAUCCAGUGCUAGAGUGCAACUGUCCUUUGUUCUGUGAGCCCUAAAUUUCCUGUCAAUCAGAGACUUCCUGUCUCUUAGUAUAAGCAGAACUGAAAAAACACAGGAAGAUCUAGUUGUUUGAUGCUGAGUCCUAGAAAUGUAAAAUUUUCUAGUCUCCAACUUCUCCCCUCAGCCUUAAGUAUCUAGUGCCUGAGAAUUCCUUAAGUGUCCACUGUAUCUUUGCAGGGAAGGAGGAUGGAGAGAAAACCAGAAGUUGUUCUGUGCCAGGAUUUCAAAAGAGCAUUCUCUGUAUAGAGUUUGCACCUCUCCAACUUCAACUGUGCUGGGACAAAAUAUGAAAAACGCUAUGCAGUACAUUAAAACUUUAUAAAAAAGAUUAGAUAGAUUUUUUUUGUUUUUUUAAAAAAUAAUGAGAUCUUAUAUUUGGAUGUUCAAAUAUGUUUUUAAGUGCAUAACAUAGUUACUUACAAACCUCAGUAUGCUAAUAUGAAUCUCCAAGGGCAGGUUUAUUGUCCUGUUAUUUACUUCCUAGCAGAAAACCUAUUUCCAAGCCAAAAUCACCCUUUCUUUAUUGACGUCAAUAGAAGUAACUCUGGGAAAUCUGAGUCAAUGUCUUAAAUAUUUUAUAAUCUGUAAAUCUUCUGCAAUGAGGCACUCCUGAAGAGUUUUUGCAGUGAGGUAAAACGAAACCUAGGCCAAUCAUAUUAAAUCAAGAAACAGCACCUGGGAUAUUGAACGAACAUAAACGGGCAAAAAGUGAAAAAGCAUAAUAUUGAACUGUGGUUUUUCUACUUUCCUCACAUUCGUGGUUCAGUGUCCCAGGUGUUAUAUCUUGAUUGCAUCUUAUCUUUUGAUCAUGCAGAAUUUAUUUAUUUCACAAGAUUUGUGUACUGCUUGAUUGUAAAAAACCCCUCAAAGUGGUUUGCAAAAAAAGAAUGGAACAAUAAAAGUAUCAGUGAAGAGCAGUUGAAAACAAUUAUUCAAAACAUAAUUAAAAUCAACAAUAAGCUAAAAAUCAGAGUAAAACAAAUGUCAAAAUUCUGCAUGUCUGCAUAGGCUUUCCUAAGCAGGUACCAAAACGAGUACGGUGAAGGUUAAUUGGCAGGGAGUUCCAGAGUGUGAGUACUGUCACACCAAGAGAUUGACUUGUUACAAAUGUGGAAUAAAUAUUAUGCAUCACCUGUAACAGCAAAUGGGGGCAAGACCAUCUUGUAAGUAAAAUGGCACCAAGUUGUUAUAAUAAAUUAAUAAUAAUAAUAAUAAAUUAUUUGUACCCCAGCCGGAGCUGGGCUCAGGGCAGCUAACAUAAAACUAACACAGUAUACAAAGAACAUAAGAACAUAAAAACAGGCAAUCAAUUAAUUAAAAUACAGUGGUACCUCUGGAUGCGAAUGCAUCCAGAAGUGAAUACAACCCAUGUCUGCGCGUGCACGGGUUGUGAUUUGCCGCUUCUGCGCAUGCGCGUAACGCUGUUUUGACCGUCUGCGCAUGCGCAAGCGGCGAAACCUGGAAGUAAUGCGCUCCGUUACUUCCGGGUCGCCGCAGCGUGCAACCUGAAAAUACUUAUCCUGAAGCUACUUCAGCCCGAGGUAUGACUGUACAUCUUAAAAUUAGUUCAGAGCAAAUUAAAAUCUGGACAGAUGGCAGUCCACGGGUAAAAUUGAGAGUGGUUAAUAUUCUCCAGGGCCAACUGUUACCACUGGUCUUAUAAAGGACCUGUGAGCAGGCUAGGAGGUGUCUUUAAUGCUUGUUCUUAUACAGAAAGAAAAGAAUCAGACUAAACCCCGACCAAAGGCCUUCACAUACUAAUAGUAACACCUUGAACUUAGCUCAGCAGCAAAUUGGCAAACAGUGCAGGUCUCUGAGCCAGGAUGUUAUAUGCUGACAAGGUCUCACUCCUGUCAGCAACCACGCUGCAGCAUUAUGCACUAACUUCAGCUUCCGGAGCAAGCAAAAGGGGAGCACUACAAAGAGCACGUUGCAGGGAUGUAGUCUUGAAGUAACCACUGCAUGAGCUACGGUGGCCAAGAUUUCCUGGUCCUGCUGCUGCUUGUCAGGUGAGGUAAGGUAAGGAAGUUUAGGAAGUUAGGCGGCAGAGACAGGGAGUUAGUGGGACAAGGUCAUUUCUAUGAGGCCUGAACUGGCUUAUAAAAAUGGCCUGAGAUCUUCCAAAAUAAGAAGUCUUCUUUCUUUCUUUCUUUCUUUCUUUCUUUCUUUCUUUCUAGAAUGUCAGUAGUUUCUGAGGUAAUCUCAGGUUAUCCUGAAUGCUUGUCCAUCUCUAGUCACAGUUCAUUUUCCUCCCUGCAGGGUUUCGGACUUUUGUUUGCCUCCUGAAUAUGUGGAACGCUGUUGGGGGGAGCUGCAGUAGAUAAAAUUAGUGGAUGGUGGGAGGUCUAAGCACCUUUCUCCCACCGCUGAUGAAAACUACUGUCUACAGAAGUCAUUUUGCCUUGAAGAAGCAGCCAUUGAAACUUUGUCGUACACAUUUGUCUGUGAUACUUAUUUCGUCCCUUCGGCUCUUUAUUCUCUGGCUCUCCUUUCACAGCUACAUUUUCAGACUCUUAUCGGCAUCACAGAGAUGUCUCUGGGCUCGGGGUUGUGUUGGCACUCCCAUUAAGCAUACCCCAGGGCAGUGCUACCAGAACAACAUAAAAGCAUUGGGACUUGAUAUACCUGCCAUGCUCAGUUCCAGCAUGUAACCGUGUAAUUGGCCUUGCUUAAUAGAAACGGGCAGAUUAAAUACUGUUUACCACCAAAGCAACACUAGGUUGAGUCCCCUGCUAAUUGCUUUGCCACAUUGUCAAUAAAUCAGUUGCCAGGUUAAAACGGAAAUUAAUGUGGUCAAGUGUAAGCAUUUGAGACUUGGGAAGAGAACAGCCCUUACAAAUGGGUUCUCCUUAACAGACUUCAUCCGCACAAUGAAAACAGGCAGGGAAAUCUAUGGUUCCUUUCUGCUAAUAAAUGGACGAUAAGAAACGUUAAGCAAACAGUUCUGACAAGUGUGCAAACGAGGAGCAACAAUAAAGCAGUUAUGGCAGGACACAUUUGUGGAGGCCAAGCAGUCAAGCUCUCUUUCUUUUUUCUCGUUCUUCUUUUGUUAGUCAUUUGUCCAGUGUUAGUAUGAAGCUCCAAGUUCAGAUUAGGAAAGAUAAAGUCAGAAGACUAUUAAUGUUUGGGAAUUUGAUACUGUCACCUUACUUUGACAGAUGCCAUAUCAUAAAAAAUCAGACCCCCUUUCCGUACUAUAUCCUGAGGAGUUGUGGAGGAUGUUGUCUUUUAGAAAAUGCAGUUCAUUUUGUAUGUUCCUGUUUACUGCAGAUACCUGGUUGUUGUUGUUUGUUUGGUUGUUUAGUCGUUUAUUCGUGUCUGACUCUUCGUGACCCCAUGGACCAGAGCAUGCCAGGCACUCCUGUCUUCUACUGCCUCCCGCAGUUUGGUCAAACUCAUGCUGGUAGCUUCGAGAACACUAUCCAACCAUCUCGUCCUCUGUCGUCUCCUUCUCCAUGUGCCCCCCAUCUUUCCCAACAUCAGGGUCUUUUCCAGGGAGUCUUCUCUUCUCAUGAGGUGGCCAAAGUACCUGGUUGUAGUGCCACCCUAUAUAUAAGUGUGUGUGUGUGUGUGUGUGUGUUCAUUCCACAGUCAGGAACAAAAAUGUUUGCAUGGUCUAAUGUCACAGAGUUGGCCAAUUUAAAUGGGUAGAUUGCUGGGUUCAUAGAUGCAUAGAAAAUAUACCAGAAACUUUGUUUUAUCAAACAGACAAAUACUAGCAUGGCAGAUUUAUUUUGUUGCUACCGCAAUAAUAGGAUGAGGGCAGUAUUUUCCUAGUUUUUAAGUGUGCAUUUUAAAAUGCACCAUUUAUAGAGCUGGUAUACUGCAGUGACUAUUAUGAAGGCUUUUAGCUACAAGUCGGAAGUCAUGCAGAUGGGAGAGUUUGCCUGGUCAAAGGAAGGGAAUCGAGGGUGGUAUCAGGAAGGCUCAGCAACACGAGAAGCAAAAAUGCUAAGAAAAUCCAUCCUACCUCUCACUGAUAUAGUCUUGGGCUGUACUCCUUCAAAUGACAGUAGGGACAUAUGUGAUUGAAUGCUCCUUCAUAGGGGGAAAUCCUUCUAUAUAGAAAACCAGCACCUCUGGGGGAAAACUAAAUCCCAUCUGCUGAACAUGUAACUCUGGGAAUUAUUUUUAUUUUAGUAUACAGAAGAGCAGUUAUUCAUGUAAGUCCUCAUGCAUCUAAAGUGGUGCUGCUCAGAUGCAGUCUGAAACCUUAUUGAGGUCUAGACCUUAGGCUGGUUGAUUAAAACGGCCAUGCUAAAAAACAACAACCCACCAAAAUAAAACACAGGCACGGAAUUGCAGUUGCAAUCCUGAAAUUGCUAGCAUGUGGGUGGAUUAGCAGGACUCCAUUCACUCUAAUUGGACUCCAGCAAAGGCCUGCCCACAUAGAGCUCUUUGUAGAGCCUGUCUAAAUUAGUUCUCCUCCUUUGCUCAGGGAAGUACUUUUCUCAGAAAAUACUCUUUGCCUGUCUACAUUGUCUCUGACAGAAAUGUAUCACAAUGAGAGCAUGAAAAGAAAGCCAUCAAACAAAACCAUAUUCCAUAUAAUAAACUGAGGUUCGACUUUAGAAUUUUAUUCCUCCUUCACAUCUUUCUUCACCCAUUUCCCCCAAACCUUCUAAUUUGCUACUUGGGGAAAAUAAGCUAACAGCAGGAGAGGAGAAAAUAUUUUCCUUGGAGUUUAAAAAACAUUUCUUCAUAUAAUAUUGGCUAUAAAGACAUAUUUGAGCUGUUUCUUACCUGCGGCAUGAGGAGUUUCAGGGUUUUGUUUGGCCUGGCCUUUAAAGCAAACUGACCUGGUUCAUGUUUCUUGAACUAACACAGUUAUCUUCUGGUUUUCGCACUUCUCUCAAUUUUGCCACAUAGUUCUAGGUUUUAAAAUGCACCAAAGUGUUUACCAAUAUGAGUGUUUUCAAGGUUGUCUCUCUUUUUUUUACAGUGCAUAUUUUGUGAAAAAAAUAUGUACAGAAAUAACGAGCGUUUUAAAUAAAUCUGCUGGAUCAAGCCAAAGGUCCAUCAAGCACUGUGUUCUCACAGUGGAAUCCCACAAAACAGGAUCUGAGUGCAACAGCCUUCUCCUCUUGCUGUUCCUAGCAAGUGGUAUUCAGAGGUAUACUACUUUUGACAGUGGGUAGCCCUUGUAGCUAGUAGCCAUUGAUAGCCUUCUCCUUCAUGAAAUUGUCUUCUUCUCUUUGAAGGCCAUCCAGGGUGGUGGCCAUCAGUACCUCCUGUGGUUCUGUCAACUAUGUGCCAUGUGAAUAAGCACUUUGUUUUGCCUGCCCUGAAUCUUCCAACAUUCAAUGCCCCCAAGUUAUCUUAUUUAUAAGUGACAGAGAAAAACUUUUCUCUAUCCACUGUCUCCACAUCAUGGAUAUUUUUAUACACCUCUGCCAUGUCUCCUCUUGUUUGCCUUUUCCUUUAGCUAAAAAGUACCAGCAUCUUAAAAAGCAGAGACAUCACCUUGCCAACAAAGCUCCGUAUAGUAAAAGCUAUGGUUUUCCCAGUAGUGAUGUAUGGAAGUGAGAGCUGGACCACAAACACGGCUGAUCGUCAAAGAAUUUAUGCUUUUGAAUUGUGGUGCUGGAGGAGACUCUUGAGAGUCCCAUGGACUGCAAGAAGAACAAACCUCUCCAUUCUGAAGGAAAUCAGCCCUGAGUGCUCACUGGAAGGACAGAUCCUGAAGCUGAGGCUCCAAUACUUUGGCCACCUCAUGAGAAGAGAAGACUCCCUGGAAAAGACCCUGAUGUUGGGAAAGAUGGAGGGCACAAGGAGAAGGGGACGACAGAGGACGAGAUGGUUGGAUAGUGUUCUUGAAGCUACCAACAUGAGUUUGACCAAACUGCGGGAAGCAGGGGAAGACAGGAGUACCUGGCGUGCUCUGGUCCAUGGGGUCAUGAAGAGUCGGACACGACUAAACGACUAAACAACUAAACAACAACACCAGUGUUGGAACAUUUCCUUGGUGGUGGUGGUGAGGCUAUUCUACCAUUCUGUUUGCCCCUUUCUGAACCAUUUCCAGCUCUAAAAACUGAAACGCAAUAAGGGUGAGACCAAUUAUCGGCCCAGUGUUAUGGAAUAGAUUCAUGAAUGAACACAUCCAGAACCAACGCAGUCCAAAAACAGACUGAUCCUUCCAUUGGUUCCUGCGACUAUGGACUAAGGCUUCUAAGGCCUUUUACACAUUUUCCCUCAAGGUUGCUAUGCCUCUGCUGACUUUGCUUGACACGUCCAACAGUUCAACAGCAACCUUCAGGGGUCAGUUCACUUAAUUAAUAAACUGGAAUCGCGGUUUCACCAAUUUGCUUUCAAUUGAUGGCAAUACAAAAAGAAUCUCGUUGUGAAUUCCACACGGUUCCUUUCAUUCUUGGUGCAAACUAGGAAAAAGGUUGUUUUAUGCCAGCAGUUUCAGAUGCAUGUUUAUCUAGCUAACUGAUGCUAUAAUGGCAAUCUCCACCAUAGAUGCAAAGAAGAGAAGCAAGGACCAUUUCCCAGAUUUCAUCUGGAUUUGUAUCCUUUUUUUGCAGCACAGUAAUUAUCUGGGAGAUGACAUUCCCUUGUGAACCCUUGCAGGAAAACAAUUGAAGCCACAAGAAGUCUGCACCUUGAAGUAUCAGCUACUGGAAUCGUCUAUAAAGCCUUGAGUCUUCCCAGCUCAAUUUAUGCUCACAAUGGGAAGUGGUGGACACUGUAUAAAGCUCAGCCAAAUGCCAAGCCUUUAAAAUGA